GAAUUCAAAAGGCAACAGCAACAGGUUGCAGAAAGGACUUUGGUAGGAUUUCCCAUUCUCGGAUUCUGCGGUUUUUUUUUUGUUUUUUUUAAAGCAACCUCCUCUUUCUGAAGCGCUCUCUCUCCUGCCUGCAAAGUAGUAGGUAGGUGAGGGAAGAGAAGGUACUGGUUUCCCCACUUUUUCAUUCUACGGAAGCUUUCCUGCGUUUGUGGAUUUAUUUAUGUCAUGCCUUUCUCUUCAGCGGAAACCCAAAGUGGCUUAGAACUCUGGACUCUUCCUCUAUUUUAUCCUUGUAACAACAGUAGGUUGUUAUUAAGAAUAAAUUUUCUCAAUGGAUGCAGCAUCUUCCUUCAAGUCUCCCUGCAAAAUAUUUGAGAGAAAGAAAACAGAACCAGACAGUUCUCCAUCUUUAAUAUCUAUCCCAGCUUCUCCCUUCAUGCAGAAGCUUGGCUAUGGAACUGGAGUUAAUGUUUACCUUAUGAAAAGGUCUCCAAAAGGCAUCUCUCACUCUCCAUGGGCUGUGAAAAAAAUAAAUCCUAAAUGUAACUCCAGUCAGCAAAACAUAUAUCAAAAAAGACUGAAUGAAGAAGCUAAAAUUCUAAAAGAUCUUCAACACCCUAACAUUGUGGGAUUUCGUGCAUUUACUGAAGCCAAAGAUGGGAGUAUGUGCCUUGCCAUGGAAUAUGGGGGAGAAAAAUCUCUCAAUGACCUCAUAGAAGAGAGGAGAGCACAGCAUAAAGGGCCCUUCCCAGCUGCCACUAUUGUCAAAGUUGCCUUGCACAUGGCAAGAGGGUUGAAGUAUCUACACAAUGACAAAAAAUUGCUUCAUGGAGACAUCAAAUCGUCCAACGUCAUCAUUAAAGAUGACUUUCAGUCAAUAAAGAUCUGUGAUGUUGGUGUUUCACUGCCUCUGGAUGAAAACAUGACAGUGAGUGACCCAGAAGCCUACUAUAUUGGCACUGAACCCUGGAAACCAAAGGAAGCUCUGGAGGAAGAUGGCAUCAUCACUGACAAGGCUGACAUCUUUGCAUUGGGGCUGACUCUGUGGGAAAUGAUGACACUUUCCAUACCUCACCUUACCCUUCCUGGAGAUGACGAAGUAUCAGAUGAAGAUGCUUCUUUUGAUGAGGAUGACUUUGAUGAAUCUGCAUAUUAUGAGGCUCUUGGGACCCGGCCACCGCUCAACGUGGAAGAGCUAGGCCCACUCUAUCAAAAUGUCAUUGAGCUGUUCUCUCUGUGCACCUUUGAGGAUCCGAAGAAACGUCCUGCAGCUGCACUCAUUGUUGAUUGCUUAGAGGCCCAGGGAUCCAUACAAUAAGGACUGCCUCUGUGAUCCUACACUACUGUGGCAGUUUCUCUUAUUUUUCUUGAAGUUUCUUUUGGCCACCAUUGAAAUUAAUAGAUGUUGGAUGUAUAUAUAUUAAUUACAUGGAGAAACUUAAAUGCACAGAAAACUGUUAGUUUUAACACUACAGUGUAAACAUUUUAUAGUCUUGAAAGAUUGUUCCGAGUAGGUUCUUCAGUGCUGGAAAUACUUUGACUUACUGAUAAACUGAUCCUUUAGGAACCUCUGGAAGGCUCCAUGUUAUAUCAUAUCCCUUCCCAUCUUCUCCCUGAUUGUGUUGUGAAGUCAUUUCUGUUCAUUUAAUUCUUGUGAUAUGUAAACUGUUUUGAAUUAUAUCCUCGUGUUGAU